CCAGAUAGCUCACACCAAAUUAACCAAACCAAACAAAAACAAAAUGGUGAAAACUUGUACGCAACAAAAGCACUUUGUUCUCAUACACGGCGCCUGCCAUGGGGCUUGGAGCUGGUUCAAGCUGAAACCCCUCCUGGAAAUCGCCGGCCAUAAAGUCACCGCACUUGACCUCGCCGCCUCCGGCGUGGACCCCCAAAAGCUCCACCAUCUCCGAACGCUGCGCGACUACACGUCGCCGUUGUUGGAGUUCAUGUCGGCGCUUCCCGACGGCGAGAAAGUUAUCUUGGUGGGCCACAGCCUGGGCGGCAUGAACAUCGCCCUCGCCAUGGAAAACUAUCCUCGCAAGAUUUCAGUUGCCGUUUUCUUGUCGGCGUUCAUGCCUGAUACUGUUCAUGGACCGUCCUAUGUCCUCGAUGAGUAUAAUGAACGGACACCCGCAGAAGCUUGGUUGGAUACUCAGUUUUUACCAUAUGGUACUACGGAAGAUCCUCUAACGUCAAUGUUUUUUGGUCCUCAAUUCAUGUCUAAGAAACUUUACCAGUUAUGCUCUCCAGAAGAUAUUGCAUUAGGGAACAUGUUGAUUAGACCAAGUUCUCUAUUUUUAGAGGAUUUGUCAAAGGCCAAAAAAUUCAGCAAUGAAGGUUAUGGUUCAGUUAAGCGAGCUUAUGUUAUUUGCACCGAAGAUAUAGGCAUACCAUUGGACUUUCAACGAUGGCUCAUCGAAAACAUUGGAGUGGCUGAAGUGAAGGAGAUUAAAGAUGCAGACCACAUGGCAAUGCUUUCAAAACCUCAACAACUUUGCCAAUCUCUCUUAGAGAUAAGUAGUGAUGAUGAAUAGAAUCAUAUAUUCAUUUGGUUGCCAUUCACAAAGAUUAAGGAGUGGUUUGCUUGCCUUGCUUAAUGCUAUCUUAAUAAUGUAGUGUUAAAGCCUUGUUUAAGUGAUAAUAAAUAAUUUGAGAUUGACUAGAACCAUUGGUCAUAAAGAUCAAAUUUUAUUGAAGGUUGUGUUGUGCAUAA